GUGUAGUCUGGAAGCACCGAGUCAUCGGAGAGGAUGCUGUCUGAAUCGGACUCCGACAGAGACACGUCGUCCUCAUCAGGGCCUGAGCCCAGGUAGGGGUCCUUUGCUGCAGUGGCCAUCUUCUAACAGCAGAACAGGUUUCCAGCCGGGAGAAACUGUUGUCGGAUGAAAAUAAUCAGGACAACCAGACGCAGUUCAAGUGGGCCAGGAAGUCCAGUGUGGCUGCAGGAUGCAAAGCAGGAGUGGAUCAUCAUGAGAGGGGGUCACCACCAGCAAGCGUGUGGGUGUCAGCACCUGUUCAGAAAACUGCUCAGCAAAUGUGGCUGCUGCUUUGUUCAAGUUAGAGCAGAGUCGUACACUGUGGCGGGCAGUACCGGUAGUAUCACCCCAUCAGUGGGCCCUGUGCCCCACCAGGCCUCAGGCAGCUCCAGCCCCUGCUCCCACUCCCUGUCUGGAGGAUCACGGCACCCUGUCAGCGCCCUCAAGAAAUGGCUCACCAAUCCCGUCCGCAAGCUGAGCUCGGAUGCCAGAGGAGGAGCGGGAAAAGCCGAGAAGCAGAUGUGCAGGUCAGACAGGAGGCAGCCGCCGUCGCUCCUUUCCCACAGAGGAACUCAGCCGAGGCCUCUGGAACCGCACGACAACUACACCAUCCUCCCCUCUGGAGAUACGGUGUGGACAAACGGUCCGUCGAGUCCAGCAGCUCCUCCGACACAACCGCCCUGUCAGUGCUGCUUAUCUGACCUCCUGCCAGGCAUAGACAACCAGACUCUAACUAAAAAAUCCAGCAUCAACACUCUCCAAGAGGAAGGGGAAGACGGCUGCACUGUGACUGACGACUCAGCCAGCCAUUUGUCUGUGACGGUGGACAGCGAAGAGGAGAGGAACGCUGCAUUAGAGAAGAGCAUAUAUGUGCUGACAGAGCUGAUAGAGACAGAAAGGUUGUAUGUGGACGAUCUUGGACUCAUAGUGCAGGGCUACGUGGGCAACAUGGCCAGUCAGGGAGUUCCAGAGGACCUGAAAGGGAAGGACAGGAUCGUGUUUGGAAACAUCCACCAGAUCUACGACUGGCAUAAGAGUUAUUUCCUGGGAGAGCUGGAGAAAUGUGUUGGUGAUCCUGACAGCCUGGCCCAGCUCUUCAUCAAACAUGAACGGCGUCUUCACAUGUAUGUGGUUUACUGUCAGAACAAACCCAAAUCAGAGCACAUUGUCUCAGAGUUCAUUGAGACCUACUUUGAGGAUGUCCGGCAGCAGCUGGGUCACAGACUGCAGCUCAAUGAUCUGCUCAUCAAACCUGUUCAGAGGAUCAUGAAGUAUCAACUACUGCUGAAGGACUUCCUGAAGUACUACAGCAAAGCAGGAAGGGAUGUUGAGGAGCUGCAGAGGGCGGUGGAGGUGAUGUGUUUUGUGCCAAAACGCUGUAAUGAUAUGAUGAACGUGGGCAGGCUACAAGGUUUUGAGGGGAAAAUCACGGCUCAGGGGAAGCUGCUGCAGCAGGAUACUUUCUCUGUCAGCGAGCAGGAAAGCAGCAGUUUCCCGUCCAGACCGAAGGAGAGGAGGGUCUUCCUGUUUGAGCAGCUGGUCAUCUUCAGCGAGCCAAUUGAUAAGAAAAAGGGCUUCUCUUUGCCGGGGUACACUUUUAAAAACAGCAUCAAGGUCAGCUGUUUGGGCGUGGAGGAGCACUCUGAGACUGAGCCAUGCUCUCUGGUCCUCACCUCCCGCGGGACUGACAGCAGCGUGACACGCUUCAUCAUGCAGGCGUCAUCUCCGGAAAUACAGCAGGCUUGGCUUGAUGACGUGGUCCAGAUCUUAGAGACUCAGAGGAACUUCCUUAAUGCCCUUCAGUCUCCGAUAGAAUACCAACGCAGGGAAAGCAACAGCCUGGGCAGGAACGCAAAGUCUCUGACUGCGUCAGCAUCUGGCCUGCGACCUCACUCCUCUGCGUCGAUGGACCGACGCCAUCAGCCCUGCCUGCUGUCUUACAACACCUCCCUGCCCUCUCUGCAUCCACCACACCACAGCCCGGCCUUGAAGGUGCUUUCUAAUCCCUGUGCUGCGACACCUCAAGCAGCUCUGCCUCCACUUCCCUCCCACCAGCAGCUCGGUUCGUGUUCAGAAGUGAGACACGCCGGCCGGACGUCCAAUGGCCUGCCACCCUGCAGGCAGCACAGCAUGCAGGGUGUGACUGCCACUUUCCAGGCGACCACAUUAAAUGAGGGUCGACCACACAACAUGGAUCAGCUGAAGGAGAGCAAGCAGUGACGACCUGAAGUGACAAAUGAACUCACUUUACCUUUCUGGAGUAGGAGCGCCUCGACUGAGUCAAGGUGCUUUCGUCAGCACCGUUUGUUUCACUCCUGUACAGAACUCACAGCCCAUUAUCAGGCCAUUAAAUAAUCGUUAACAGUCGCUUUAAGCCCCAAAGAUGUAGGUCAAUAGAGCCCUGCUACACCCACAUUGUAGGUUUUAUCAUCUAUUCACAUGGUAGAUCACCAAAAGAAGGUAUAAACGAACACAACAGUGACCCAUAGCGACCGUAGUAAUUACGACAGGAGCAGAAGCG